UUUUUAUAUAACAUUGCAUACAAGUUACUAUGACUAUUUUCUAAUAUCAGGCUUCACGCAACGCGAAUUAAUAUCAUUCACAAGAUUGAUUUAUUUAACAAAAACUGGCAUUUAUCAUUGACUUUGUAAGCAAAAUAUUUUAUUGCUAGUGUGUAACUCUGAUCUCCGGUAGAUACGUAUAAUUAAUGCCACCUAUCCAUUAAAUAAUAAUGAACGAACAAUAAAUAUAAGCAAAAUUAGUCGUUCGUUCUGUAUAUGUACAUAUUAGAUUUGUAUAUAUCGAUCCUUCAAUGGAGACAAAUAUGAGUGACUCUCAAGAAAGAAGGAAAAUGAAGGAGGAAGAUGAGAAGCUAGAAUUACAUUUACAUGGCAAGAAAAUUGAUGUUGAGAAGAUGGGGAGGCAACAAAAGAAGAUGUUGGUUGAUAAUUUGCUUGCUAGUGAUGAUCAUCUCAACUUCCUAAGAAGAAUCAGACAACGAUUUGAUAAGGUUGGAGUGGAGAUACCAAAAGUUGAAGUGAGAUAUGAGAAUUUAUCAGUCAAAGGUUAUGUCCAUGUUGGGAGCAGAGCUCUGCCCACCCUAUUUAACACUACCAUAAACUUUGUAGAGGCAAUUUUGGGGGUGGCACGAUUGGCACCAUCAAAGAAGAGAACCAUCAACAUAUUGCAUGAAGUCAGCGGUAUUAUUAGACCAUCCAGAAUGACAUUACUUCUGGGACCUCCAAGUUCUGGGAAAACAACACUGCUACUUGCUCUUGCGGGGAAGCUUGAUAAUGAUCUAAAGGCAACUGGGAAGAUAACAUAUAGCGGACAUGAGCUAAAUGAAUUUAUUCCUAGAAGAACGUGUGCAUAUAUUCGUCAAAAUGACAUUCACCUAGGAGAGAUAACAGUAAGAGAGACACUAGACUUUGCAGGGAGAUGUUUAGGGGUUGGGAGUAGGGCUGUGUUGCUGAAUGAACUCUUGCAACAAGAAAAGCAAGCAGGAAUUAAGUCGGAGUUUGAACUUGAUGCAUUCAUGAAAGCAGCAGCAAUUGAAGGUCUAGAAUCAAACAUAAUCACUGAAUAUGUGCUCAAGAUACUUGCCUUGGGUAUAUGUGGUGAUACCAUUGUGGGUGAUGAUAUGAGAAGGGGUAUCUCUGGUGGUGAAAAGAAGCGUCUUACUAUUGGUGAAAUGUUGGUCGGACCUGCAAAUGUUCUACUAAUGGAUGAGAUAUCAACGGGAUUAGAUAGUGCAACAGCUUUUCAAGUAUGCAAGUACAUAAGAGAAAUGGUUCACGUAAUGGAUAUGACAACAAUCAUCUCUCUAUUACAACCAACUCCUGAAACAUAUGAACUCUUCGACGAUAUCAUCCUCCUUUCAGAAGGCCAAAUUGUGUACCAAGGUCCGCGUGACCAAGUCCUUAACUUCUUCAAAUACGUUGGAUUCGAGUGCCCCGAAAGGAAAGGUGUAGCCGAUUUUCUACAAGAAGUAACUUCUAAAAAAGAUCAACAACAAUACUGGUCCAAAAACGAACCUUACAAAUAUGUUUCAGUUUCUGAGUUCGUUGAGACAUUCUGGUCUUUUCAAGAUGCACAAAAACUAGUAUUCGAUCUUAAGUUGUCGUGUGAUAAAGCUAAAAUUCAUCCUCUUGCCUUAGUGAAGAAAAAAUAUGGUCUAUCUAAUUGGGAACUACUUAAGGCAUGUUUUUCAAGGGAAUGGUUGUUAAUGAAGCGAAAUGCUUUCCUUUACAUUUUCAAGAGUGUACAAAUAACAGUGAUGUCAAUUGCUACUAUGACAGCAUUUUUUAGGACAACAAUGCAUAAUAAGACUGUAUCAGAUGGUGAGAAGUACUUGGGUGCUAUAUUUUUUGGACUUACAAAUUUUGUGUUUAAUGGAAUGGCUGAAACUACCUUAACAGUUAUGGGGCUCCCAAUAUUCUAUAAACAAAGGGAUUUCUUGUUUUACCCUGCUUGGGCUUAUGGAUUACCAGUUUGGAUACUUCGAGUUCCUAUCUCAUUUAUGGAAUCAGCGUUAUGGACUAUUCUUACUUAUUAUACCAUUGGCUUCGCUCCGGCUCCUAGUAGGUUCUUUUGCCAGUGGCUAGCUUACUUUUGUAUACAUCAGAUGGCUUUGUCAUUCUUCCGACUUGUUGGUGCCGUAGGGAGAACAAUUGUCAUUGCUAAUGCUACUAACAUGGUUAUAAUGCUGGUUGUUUUUGUCCUUGGUGGUUUCAUCAUUGCAAAAGAUGAUAUUGGUCCUUGGAUGAUAUGGGGCUACUACCUUUCUCCUAUGAUGUAUGGACAACAUGCUCUGGUCAUUAAUGAAUUUCUUGACAAAAGAUGGACCGAGCCUAAUACAGAUCGUAGAAUACAAGAACCAACUAUUGGUAGAGUGAUCCUUGCAUCAAGAGGCUUCUUUAAACAUAAAUAUUGGUUUUGGAUAAGCAUAGGAGCUCUCUUGGGGUUUUCUCUUCUUUUCAAUCUCUUAUAUCUCAUAGCCUUAACAUACUUAAGUCCUGCGAAUGAUUCAAAAGCUGUGGUUCAAGAUCUUGAUAACACCAAAAAACAGAAAAAGAAAUUCUCUGGGGAGAAACUUAAAAAUGGCAUUGAGAUGGAUGCACUAAGUACUUCAAAGAGUACUAAUUCAGCUAAUGUUACACUUAAAGAAGGAAUGGUUCUGCCUUUCCAACCUCUUUCAUUAGCAUUCAAUCACAUAAAUUACUAUGUGGAUACACCAUCUGAAAUGAAAAGUCUAGGUUAUGAAGAGGAUCGCUUACAACUGUUACAAGAUGUGAGCGGUGCUUUUAGGCCUGGGAUAUUGACAGCACUAGUGGGUGUAACCGGUGCUGGAAAGACCACAUUGAUGGAUGUUUUAGCAGGAAGGAAGACUAGUGGUUAUAUUGAAGGUAGCAUCAGUGUAUCUGGUUAUCCAAAGAACCAAGCAACAUUUGCACGAAUUAGUGGCUAUUGUGAACAGAUUGACAUUCAUUCACCGUACGUUACUGUCUAUGAAUCCCUUGUAUAUUCGGCUUGGCUUCGUCUUUCUUCAGGCAUCAAUUCAGAAACCCGAAAGAUGUUUGUUGAAGAAGUAAUGAGAUUGAUCGAGCUUGAGCAAUUAAAGGAUGCUCUCGUUGGGUUACCUGGGAUAAAUGGCCUUUCAACUGAACAGAGGAAGAGAUUAACCAUAGCCGUAGAAUUAGUUGCUAAUCCUGCAAUUAUAUUCAUGGAUGAACCUACAUCAGGGCUUGAUGCUAGAGCUGCUGCCAUUGUUAUGCGUACCGUACGAAAUACUGUAAACACUGGAAGAACUGUUGUAUGCACAAUUCAUCAACCGAGUAUAGAUAUAUUCGAGGCUUUUGAUGAGUUGCUAUUAAUGAAGAGAGGAGGGCAAAUCAUGUAUGCCGGACCACUUGGAGACCAUUCCCAAAAGCUCAUUGAAUACUUUGAAGGAAUUCCGGGAGUACCAAAAAUCAAAGAUGGUUAUAAUCCUGCAACAUGGAUGCUUGAUAUUACUACUCCUCAAGUAGAAUCUGAAGUAAAUGUGGAUUUUGCACAAAUUUAUGCUAAUUCCAAACUUUACCAGACGAAUCAAGAAAUCAUUAGAGAGCUUAGUACGCCAUCACAUGAUUCAGAGGAUCUUUACUUCCCAACUAAAUACUCUCAACCAUUCAUCAUUCAAUUUAAAGCUUGUUUUUGGAAACAAUAUAGAUCAUAUUGGCAGAAUUCAUCGUAUAAUGUUGUUCGAUUCUUCAUGACGAUAAUCAUGGGUGUCUUGCUUGGCGUUAUGUUUUGGGACAAGGGAGGUAAACUAGGUAAACAACAAGACCUGAUGAACUUGUUAGGAAUCUUGUUUUCUGCGAUACUUUUUCUUGGAGGGAGUAAUGCUUUAAAUGUCCAAGUAGUUGUGGCGAGUGAGAGAACAGUUUAUUAUCGUGAAAGAGCAGCAGGGAUGUAUUCAGCUCUACCUUUUGCGUUGGCUCAGCUAUCGAUAGAGGCAAUAUACACCGCAACUAUAAAUUCUGCAUAUGCCCUUCUUCUAUACUCUAUGAUCGGCUUCGAGUGGACGGUCGUGAAGUUCUUCUAUUUUUACUACUUCAUAUUUAUGUGCUUUGCCUAUUACACCGUCUAUGGGAUGAUGCUUGUUUCAUUAACACCGCGCCAUGAAAUUUCUGCCAUUUUGAUGACAUUCUUCGUUACCUUGUGGAAUCUGUUUGCUGGUUUCCUUCUUCCUAGACCGCAAAUUCCUAUAUGGUGGAGGUGGUACUACUGGGCUUCUCCAGUUGCCUGGACAAUGUACGGUUUAGUGACUUCACAAGUAGGUGACAAAGACUCUCUAGUUGAGGUGCCUGGAGCUGGUAGUGUGCCCUUGAAGAUUUACCUCAAAGAACUCUUGGGUUAUGACUAUGAUUUCCUGCCUUUUGUUGCUGUAGCCCAUCUUGCCUGGGUGGUCCUCUUCUUCAUCGUUUUUGCCUACAGCAUCAAGUUUCUCAACUUCCAAAAAAGAUGAUCUAGCCAGUUUCCAAAACAAGUAAAUUAUGUAGAUUUUAUUUAACAGAGAAUGUAAGUAAGAUAAUGAAAGAAACAAGCACAUAUUAUUCUUUUGUUAGCAUGAUACGAAUUAGUGUACAACAUUAUAGUGAAAUUACAAGAUUGUUGACAAUAAUACUCCAUUGUUCCUAUUGGUAUAUACAUGUAUUAGUGUUUUAAAUAAUAAUAAAACAUUAUAAUUUCUAUUUGCAAUA